AGGCAUCUCCAUCCGUCUUGCGGUGAGGUAUCUUCCACUUCUUUCCGCUAGUUUGGAGAGAACAGCGCGGAGCAGCAUACACACCAAGUAUCUAUCUAUAUAUGCAUAUCACACACACGCACACACACACACACACACACAUCUUCAAGCGUACAUCACCAUGUCAGGGCAGCUGCGGUCACCACCGCAAGAUGAUCGUGUUCGUCUCACCUACACCGCAAAGGAGGACGCUGGCCGCUAUGCUGUUGCCCAGCGUGCGAUUUCGCCUGGCGAGCUCGUGCUGACUGCCGCGCCGUACGGGCUGGUGAUGAACCCCAAAUUCUGCCCAAGCGCCCUCUACCUCUCCGCGCGGUGUACCUCGAGCGGCAGCAGCAGUGGUGCAGCGGCAGCCGCCAGCGGCGACGCUGCGGAAACCCCCAAAAACACAAGAGGCGGAAAAGUCCCUCAAAAGAAGAACGCAUCGAGGCACGGUGCGAAGAGCGAGACAGUAACCGAUGCAGGAGCUGCGUAUGCAGCACCUUACAAAGAUGCCUUGUAUGGAGACGGCAGCCAGCGCAACGGCAGCGGAGCCCCAGCCACCGCACCGUUGUUGCGCUGGUACACCACGCAGUCCACAUGGUGUGCCGUGUGCUUUCAACAAAUCCCCGCCGGGCGGUGGAUGUGCAAUCGAGGCAGUCUGGCGGAGCUCGCGGUGGACGUGAGCGAGGAGCAGGAGGAGAUGGGGCGGCAACUGCACCUCGCUGCAGCGCAGACGGCGACGAAGUACCAAGAAGAGGGAGAGGGAGAAGGCGCAGCGGCCGCUGUUCUCGGAGACGCCGCGGCAGACGAAGAGGAGUUCGACGUCCACCACGCUGCUGCUGCUGCGGCCGCUCUGCGCAAGCUGAAAAAGCCCACGAAGUCUGCACGAACUCGCAAAGACGGUGCAGUGGAGCUGAAGCAAAAGUUGCUGGAGAAGGCGCUUGCCCAGCGAGAGGAAAUCUUUUACGAGCGCCGUCUGCAGCGACGCGCCCGCACCGAGCACGGCUGCCCAGCAGUUCGGCUGGAAGGCUGGGCGGCCCGCAAGCAGGGGGACGGAAGUGCAGACGCAUCCACCUCGCUCUUUGCAGGGGCCAUGUCUGGAUGCUCUGGCUGUGGCGUGCUGUGCUACUGCUCUGAGUACUGCUGGCGUGCGCACCACGCGCAGCACGUGGAGAGUGGCGAGUGUGCCGUUCUGCGUGGACUCUACCCGCGUCUCAUGUCAGAGUACUACUCGACUGGUGUAGGGGCGGGUAGAGGAGCAGGUCUGUCCACUGUCACCGUCUCCGGUACUGUCCUCUUGCCCGGCGAUGAACCUCUGCACUGGGCUCGCUCGUCGAGUGAGCAGAAGAUGCUCGAGUUCCAGUCGUUGCUGUUCAGCGCGGUGAUGCUGACUCGGGCGUGCCGCGACGGAUAUGCGGCGCACUUAAAGGGUGGCGACUCCACGGGUGAUGUGGAGGAUAGCACUGUUGAUGCGACUGUGGCGACAGAGACAACGGAGGCUGCGAUGAGUGUGGAUGCGUCGUCACCAGCCGCCGCGCUGCAGCCAGCGGGAAAUCGUUCUGUGCCUGACUGUGGUGCUGCCGUAGAUGCGGAUGCCCUGCCGAGCACCUCUCCAUUGCCCAGCGUGUCGAACACGGUGGACUCUGUGGUGGUUCCGAAGGAGGUGCUAACGAUUCUCGACGUGCGCCGCAGGGCGGGCCUGACGGGCAUGGUGGAGGUGCUAGACAGCGACCCGGCUCUCCGCCAGCAUGCGACAGACGGCGAUGCCCACUCUGCGCCGAUGGAGUGUGUGACGUACAUCGACACGGUUGAGACGGGCAGUAACGAUGUGACAUUACCUUCUCUAGACGGUGUUGGCCGCACGCCAUUCACCUCCGAACUGUACGUGCGUCGUCCUCGCUAUGCGGAUAUGGCACAGAUGGAGACGAACCUCUCCGUCAUCUCCAAAACACGACGCAGCAACUAUCAACGCUACUACCGCGUCUUCACGAAGCGCGUGCUGCCUGUCCUGCAGCUACUCAACCUGGAUACGAGCCCGAAGGCGAGGAGCGAAGAUGACUUUCCCACUACUACUACGAUCACUGCCGAUGUGACGCGUCGGUUGUGCGUGUCGGAGGCGUACUUUGUGCGACUGUGCGCCGCGGUGCAGUGUAACAGCUUCGGUAUCUACGACACCGACGACAGCUGCAUAGCCUUUGGCGUCUAUCCCGAGGCGUCCUACUUCAAUCACUCCUGUGUGCCGAACAUCUGCCGUGUCAUGCACCAUGGCGGGCGUGUCAUGGCCUUCUACGCGCUGCGCUCCAUCGCGGCAGGCGCACCGCUCACGAUCAGCUACACCGACGUGGAGCAGCAGAACUCUGCGGAGCGCCGACGCAACCUGCUCGAGACCUACCGAUUCUUUUGCACGUGCGAGCGUUGCAGCGGACACGCGGAGGGCCCUACGAUGGCGGUGGCGCGUUCCACUGGGUGUCACACGACGCAUAGCAACAACGGUAGCACAGACAUUACAUCCUCUGGUGCGCUAAAGAAUCAUGGUGUGCCAGUCGUUGCCGUCCCUUCAUCACUGUUCGAGAAACCGUUGCUGCUCUGCACCCGCUGCGCCAUUCGCGGGUACCUGCGGCCCUUCCGACCCACCCGAUCUGCUGACGCGGCGGCGCGAGAGGCGGCGACGUGGAGCAUGGCGGAGGUCGUAGGGCGUGAGUGUACGGUGUGUCACUGCCGCGUAGUGCGCGAGCCUGUGAAAGCGACGUGA